GUGUCCAAACCUGCUCGUCGUGUCUGUUGCAACAGCACACCAGCCCUCAAACCCAUAUCCUCUGGAUACCUCCAGCAUUUUCUCUAUUUUUCGCUCCACUUUUCUCAAUCUGUCUACAGGUAUGUCUGAUGAUUGUUACCAGAAAGCUUCUGGAGACACAGGAGUUGUCAUCUUGUAUUGGGCCAGUGUAACCAGCAGUUUAGAGACAAAGAAAAAUCAGAGCAGAAUCCGUUCUGUGCUAGAAUCCAAGAACAUCCCCUUCAAAUGUGUGGACGUAACUCAGAAUGCCAGCGACAAGGAAUUAAUGAGGAAGAAAGCGGGCGACUCAAAAGCACUGCCUCCUCAACUCUGCAAGGGGAAUGUCUACCUUGGAGAUUAUAAUGCAUUUGAAAAUGCAGUUGAGAAUGAAGAUUUGGAAGCUUUCCUCAAACUCUGAAGACUGAUGCAGCAACACUGACUUUCCGUGGGAAAACUCAACGUCAUCACGCAAAUCACUGCUUUGAUGUCAAACAAAAAAUAAAUUUUGUAACUCAGAAUGUUCCAGAUUUGGCCACGGUUUUCACUUGGUUCAGUGACAAAUGUCUGUUGAAUAAAUAUUUGCAGUCCUCCA